UUCAACACAGACAGCUGCACACUGCACACAGACCAGAACAAUUUGCAGGUACCUGCUCAUGUAACUGGACAGUAGACAUGGCAUCAUCUGAUAAGACUGCUGACGUCAUCGAGACUGCUGCCCUGGGAAGACCGUUCUGUCUUGGGAUGCUGUACGAUUGCCGAAGUGAAACUCUUAUUCCAGGUGUAACAUUGUGGAAUCCAGAGGAGCUAAAAGAUCAUAUUGUGGAGGACCAACCAAAUUCUGAAUAUAAUGUCAUUAAAUCUGACUCAAUUACUCAGAAGGCAGAUUCCUUCAAUAUAUCAGGAUCUCUUAAACUGUGUAUUCUUGGAGGAAAGGUUAAUAUUAGUGGAUCAGCCAACUACCUCAACAACACAAAAACAUCUUUGAAACAAGAACGGCUCACUCUUCAGUACACAACCACAACAAAGGUCAAGCGCCUAACAAUGUCUCAACUGGCACAUAAAAAUAUAACCUAUCAGGAUGUUUCAGGAAAUGGCCUUGCCACACACGUUGUCACUGCGAUCGAAUAUGGGGCAGGAGCUUACUUUGUCUUUGUCAGACAGUCAUAUGAAAGUUACAAAGACACAGAUGGAGAGGGGCAAGUCAAUGUCAUGCUGGAUAAGAUCAAAGGUUUCUCAGCUGAUGCAGAGGUAGCACUUACAUUGACUAAUGAAGAAAAGUCUGCCGUGGACACCUUCAGGUGUACUUUUCAUGGGGACUUCAACCUACCCAACAACCCAGUUACUUUCGAGCAGGCUGUUAACGCUUACAAAACACUACCAUCACUGUUGGGAGAGAAUGGAGAGCAUGCCAUUCCAGUCAGGGUGUGGAUGUACCCUCUGACGAAGCUGAACUCAGAAGCUGCAAAACUUGAAGGACAAAUUAGUGACAACCUCGUGAUAAGGACAACUGCAGUCAUAGAGGAAUUUAAAAAGACAGAGAUGAGAUGCAACGACCUGAAAAGCAUAAAUCCAAUACUUCCUGAAAUGGAGAAGAAGAUUCAGAUUUUCAUGAAAAACUGCUCUGUCUACAAGCUGCAGUUUACAGAGAAGCUUGGAUCAGUACUUCCAUCUAUCCGAGGUGGUGGACAAGAGGAGAUUGUCCUUACUGACAUCCUUGAAAAACAUGAGAAAUCGCCUUUCAACAGCAAAGAUCUGGAUCAGUGGCUAACCCAGAAGGAAAAUGAAUCACAUACGCAGUCCAUAAUACUCGGGCGACUAAAGGAAAUGGACGUAGACAUGGAUGCCAACCUGGACGAACUUUUGGUUGAUUUAAAUAGCAAAAAGAUUGUGAGCUUCUCAUUUACCUCUGUCGCCCAGACAGAUGAUUUCCUUGAGACACUGUCAAACUUUCUCAGCACGACAUUGAGAUGCCAGCAGGAGCCCAAAGAAAAGGAAGAAACAGGAAAGGAAGAGGAACAGAAGAUGAGCACAGGUUACCUCAGCCAUAAAAGGAAACGAAAAAUCAGGAAACAGUUAAACCUGUUUAAGAAGUUGAAGAUGUUACUGGGGGAUGAGGCGAAAUUCAUUGUUGGAUCACAAUAUGAUGCCAGUAACCCUGGGGUCUGUAUAUACGUAUGGGAAGAGGGGUCUGAUGACUUUGUUCCCUUCAAUGCUCCAUCCAAACCUGACACUCCAGUUGUCCAUAAAGCUCUCACGGAUGGAUUUAUACUGCAGGCAUCAAAAGCAGACUCUGCCACUGUUAAGUACGUGGUGGAAGUCAAACCCCACGAAGGAGAAUGGGAACGUCUAUCUGAGCAGACAAGCCCGGGAUGGGAAAUAACACGUGUGAAGGUGAUGCAGUAUGAUGAGCUGAAGAGCCGGUGGGAGAGCAGUUGGAGAGAAGAUGAACGAAGAGCAAAUAUUGGCAAGAGGAGUAUCGCCAAGUGUGCAGAGAAAGGUUGUGGAAAAGAUGGAAACUGA